UAGGCUAUGUCCAAGUCCAACCUAAGAAACACACUUAUGGCAAUUCAGCCGUUAAGCUUCCCCAUUCCUAAAUACCUUCAUCUACAAGACCAUAAUCGCCGUCUCUCUCACAGUCUCAUCAAAAGACCUAACUCCAUUACUUCACCUUCAAAUACCUGGACCUGCUUUUCCCUAACCGACAUUCACAGGAAAGAGCUAGUAUCUAAAAGGAAGAACGAUUCAUACCCAUCUCAGAAAACUGCGAUUCUUGAAGACCUACACUCGUCAAGCAACGACAAGAGGAUACGAAAUCAGUCGGACAAAGAAGGAAGAGAGAAAAAGGUUAAGAAGGUUAAGCACAUUUUCUCAAACAUGUGGUGGGCAGACGUUAAAGCUGCGUUGGGUCAGAGGAUAAACGUUGAAGGUAUUCUCUCUUCUAUUGCUGUUGUUGCUAGAGAUCGUCAUUUAGCUUUGCCGCAUGUAUCUGUUGCCGAUAUAAGGUAUAUCAAUUGGGAACAACUUCGAAAGGCUGGGUUUAGAGGGGUUGUGUUUGAUAAAGAUAAUACUCUCACAAUCCCUUAUUCUUUGACUCUAUGGGAUCCUCUUAGACCUUCUUUAGAUCAUUGUAGAUCUGUGUUUGGAAACAGUGUUGCAGUCUUCAGCAAUUCUGCUGGACUCAUUGAAUACGACCAUGAUGACAGGAGAGCUAGGGCGCUUGAACGAACUAUUGGUCUUAAAGUAUUAAGGCAUAAGGUAAAGAAACCAGCUGGAACAGCUGAGGAAAUUGAGAACCAUUUUGGAUGUGAAGCAAGUAAACUUGUCAUGGUGGGUGAUAGGCCGUUCACAGAUGUUGUGUUUGGGAAUCGGAAUGGUUUCUUGACUAUUUUGACGGAGCCAUUGAACUCUGUAGAGGAGCCUUUCACAGUUAAACUGGUGAGGAAACUAGAGCGAGCUCUGGUUAAGAUAUGUUCAAAACGAGGGUUAAAAGCACCAACUCACAGGCUUAUUCGAGAUGACGAUUUGAAAUGUGUAAAAGAUCCACCAGGAAUGUAAGAAAAAUCUUGAUUAGAAUGAGAUGAUUUAUGUAUUUUUGUUGUAGUUAUUCCCAAUUGUUUGAACAUUUUUUCUGUAAAAAGAUUUGUUGACUAGAUAGCAUCUAGAACAAGUUUAGUAUGGAUUGUGAAUCAAUACCAUAUUUAUAAUU